UGCUUUGUGUAUACAUAAAUACGAAAUCCCUAUUAUCGUUUAUUUCUAAUUUUUUUUUCUUUUUAUUUCUUUCUUUUUUUUUUCUUUUGCUUUUAAUAAAAAAAAAUAAUAUAUAAUAGAUAGAAUGGUAGAGCCAGAUUUCACAUUACUGACUUACAAUCCAGGAGAUAUUGCUUGGGUUUUGACAUGUACUGCUUUAGUUUGGCUUAUGAUACCAGGUGUAGGUUAUUUUUAUUCAGGAAUGGCUCGUCAAAAGAAUGCUCUUUCACUUAUUAUGUGUUGUGUAUUAUCACUUGUGGUAGUGAGCGUACAAUGGUUUAUAUGGGGUUAUAGCUUGACAUUCAGUAAGACAGCUACUAAUGGCUUCAUUGGUAAUACUGAAAACGUAUUUUUACGUGGUGUACUUGGCGAACCCUCUAUUGGUUCUUCUAAUAUACCUGAUCUUGUCUUUUGCGUUUUCCAAUGUAUGUUUGCUGCUUUAACUCCUGCACUAGCUAUAGGUUCUGCAGCUGAACGUGCUCGCCUUUUACCUAUGAUUAUUUUUAUUUUUAUUUGGUCUACUCUUGUUUACGAUGUAGUAGCUAGCUGGGCAUGGAGCGUAAACGGCUGGAGUGCGAAAUUAGGUGCCAUUGAUUAUGCCGGAGGUACACCAGUUCAUAUUACAAGUGGUUUUGCUAGUUUAGCUUAUGCAUUAAUCUUGGGACGUCGAGAAGGUCAUGAUACAAAAAAAGAAGAAUUUAAACCCCAUAAUAUGUCAAAUGUCGUAUUAGGCACAGCCUUACUUUGGUUUGGAUGGUUUGGCUUUAAUGGUGGUUCAGGCUUAUCUGGUAACUUGCGUGCUGCUAUGGCCUGCGUUGUGACCAAUUUAGCUGCUUCGGUAGGUGCUAUUACUUGGAUGAUCAUUGAUUAUCGUAUUGAACGCAAAUUCUCUGCCUUGGGUUUCUGCUCAGGAGCUGUUGCAGGUUUGGUAGCAAUCACACCUGGGUCAGGUUUUGUUGGUCCUGCACCAGCUGUAGCUAUUGGUUUUUUGGGUGCUUGUUUCUGUAACUUGGCUGUUCAUCUAAAACAUUGGCUUCGCUACGAUGAUGUCGCUGACGUAUUUGCUGUUCAUGGUGUAGGUGGUUAUAUAGGCUCCCUUCUAACAGGUCUUUUCGCUGAAUCAUAUAUAGCUGCCUUGGAUGGUUCAACAGAAAUUGCUGGAGGUUGGAUGAAUCAUCAUUGGAUUCAAUUAGCUUAUCAGUUAGCUGAAGCCACAGCAGGUGCUGCAUGGUCCUUUGUCAUCACCUAUCUUAUUUUAUUUAUCAUGAAUAACAUUCCCGGUCUCUCCUUACGUGUUAAUCGUGAAGCAGAAUUACAAGGUUUAGACGUAGCUGAAAUUGGUGAAAUGGCAUAUUACCAUGUAGAUAAGAUCAUAGGUGUUAAUCAAAUCACUGAUAAAGAAAAGACAGUGAAAAAUGAGGUUAAAGCUUAUAGCAUUACACCUGAAACACGGGGAUCUAUGGGUUCUGAAAAAAAAAACUUUAAAUGAUGAAAGUCUUCAUAAUGUUUAAACAUGUAUUCCCUUUUUUUCUUUAUUUAUUUAUUAUUAGCAUAUCUAUACAUUGGUCUUUCACAGAUU